CGACUAGCUGCGGAGGAGGCGCUAGCACAGCUGCAAAUCGCCGACAAAGAAGAGAUGGGUGACCCACAGAACCAUGAUGUGGUCCUUUCCGAGGAGCAAACCAUGGGGUACUAGUGGACCGUUAGAGCCGCGGAUAUGAGGUCGCCCAUUCAGCACCCUCAUGUACCAGCCAACAAAUUUGAGAUGAGCACCUCGGUCAUCACUAUGUUGCGCGGCUCGGUAGUAUUCCGUGGAAAAGAGGGGGAGUGCCCCCGAGCACAACUGAGGCGAUUCCACGAGCUCAUCGAUGGAAUCAAGAUCAGUGGGGUCCCAGCCGAUGCCAUCCAGCUGAGGUACUUCCCAUUUACUCUAGAGGGGCAGGCCAAGGAGUGGCUAGACACUCGACCUCCAGGCUCGAUCACCACGUUCGCCAACCUGGCGGACAAGUUCCUCACUCGCUACCAUCUCCCGUCCAUGACGGCGGACCUGCAGAAGCAAAUUAUCCACUUUGCUCGGGAUGAAGAUGAGACCAUCCGGGAUGCUUGGGAGAGAUACACCAGUCUCUUACUCAAGUAUCCCAACCAUGGUUUCAAUGACGCCUUCAAGGCGGGCACCUUCUACCAUGCCCUCUUCCUGUAGGACAAGCAGCUGAUUGACUCGGUCUGUGGAGGGAAUAUGCUCACCAAAUCACCGCCACAGCUGAAUCAAAUUUUUGAAGAGAU